AUGACUUUUAUUGUUUGCCAUGAUACAAAUGAUGAACCGGAACAAAUGGGAAGAAGGGAUGAUAGGGAAGCAGAAGUUUUGCUGCUUUCUAAUGAAAUGCAAAACCCUAAUGUGAGGGAUGCAGCUGCUGCGAUCUCUACACUUUCUAAUGAAAUGCAAAACCCUAAUGUGAGGGAUGCAGCUGCUGCGAUCUCUACACGGAUUCCCCCGGUUCCUGAUCUCAACAUUCAUCCUCUUGAUCUCAAUAGGCUACCACCGACAGAGGAGGAAUUUGAGGAGGAGGAAGACAGAAAUCAUAUGACAACCCAUGAGUCAGAAAUACAAAACCCUCGUCCUCAUGUGGGUGAACCUGAUAUAUGUGUCAUAUGCCAGGAUGAAUAUGCAGCUGAGGAACUAGUUGGAGGUCUUCGAUGUGGACAUGAAUAUCAUAUGAAAUGUAUAAAGAAAUGGUUGAGGAGGAUUACCAAAUGUCCAAUUUGCAGAGACACCGCUAUUUUUGUUGAACCUGUUACAAACGAUGAACCAGAACAAAUGGGAAGAAGUGGUGACAGGGAAGCAUAA